AUGGCGGCUGGAGACGACACCGCCCCGGUCUUCCACCGCGACAAUAACGACCACAUACCCGUCAACAAUUCGGGAGCCAACCCCUCCUCCCCUGGCAACGAAGUCCCACCCCCCCCCACCAGGAACCUGACACGACGUCCUCUCACCUGGCUGUCCCUGGGGCAUCCUCCCAGCAGCCGCCGACCUCACCGAUGUUCCUCUCUGCGUCGACCCAGCCGAAGACCUGGACGUCGAAGGACCCGCGCCGUCCGCAUCAUCCAUCCGACCUCCGAUCUCCCACUCUUCCUGGCUGACUUCUCCUUCCUCCAAAGACUGAUCGGCCGAGAAACCCCCGCCAGAAUCCACGUGGCGUGGCUGCGUAGACGCCAAUUCCCUGCAUGCCGACCCACCGUCAAGUGGCCGCUGCAAAACUCUCGAUCCAAGGACAUCCCGCCCAAGCUCCGCAGCCUGUCCGCUGCGAGCCGCAACUUGCGAUCCUGUGGAAAAAUCGUUAACUUGCUGCACUAUUUCAGAUAUUUACCAGUUUAUGAAGAAAUGAAUAAUUUUAACAGAACAUUAGCUACACAUUUUAUACUCAUUGGCUUUAAGAACUUUCAUGAAGUGAGAAUAACUGUAUUUAUUCAUCUUCUUUUAAUUUAUAUUAUAAUAUUUAUCGGGAAUUUUUUCAUCCUAUGUUUAGUGCCAAUUGUAAAGAAUCUCCAUACCCCCAUGUACAUCUUUCUGAAUAACCUUUCAUUAUCUGAUGUGCUAAUUACUUCAAAUAUUGUGCCAAACAUGCUACGAAUCUUGUGGACAGAAAAUGGAAGUAUGACAGUCUCCGGUUGUACUUUUCAGUUCUAUAUAUUUGGAUCCCUAACUGCAACAGAAUGCUUACUUCUGGCUGUGAUGUCUUAUGAUCGCUAUCUGGCAAUUUGUGACCCUUUGAGAUAUUCAUCUAUUAUGACUUUUAGACUCUGUCGAAAUCUGAUCAUUUUCUCUUGGGUAGCUGGAUUUACUCCUACAUUUCCUGUUGCGAUAUGUUUAUGCAAACUCAAUUUCUGUCACCUAAACACUAUUGAUCAUUUCUUCUGUGAUUUUGCACCAUUUCUAGAACUUGCCUGUUCAGAUAUUUCUACAGUGAAGAUGUUGGCGUUUGCCUUCUCUUUCCUUUUUACCCUCUUCCCAUUUAUCAUCAUUAUUGUGUCUUAUGCUUCCAUUAUUAACACAAUCUUAAAAAUUAAGACAGAGAAAGGAAGACAGAAGGCCUUCUCUACAUGUAGUUCCCAUCUAGCUGUAGUUUCUUUAUACUAUGGGACUCUUUUUAUUCUCUAUGGCAUGCCUUCUAAGAAACAGUCCUUUAAUAUUAACAAAAUCCUCUCUCUUUUGUACACCAUUGUAACACCUUUGCUGAAUCCAAUUAUAUAUUCUUUAAAAAAUCAAGAGAUCGGUAGGGCAUUUCAUAAGAUUUUUAAGAAAUAG